UUCCACGCAAAAACAGAGACACACACACACACAACUCUCUGACUUUCUACUAUUGUUUUCAAAUUUAGUUGUUUUGGCUCUCAAUGUGUUUCUCUUCUCACAUAGUUUUGUUGAUCACAUUCUCUUUGGAAGUCAGUAAAUUAUAUGGGACAAAGGGUCUCUUUCACUCCCACUCUUCAACUUGCUCUAUUUCUUCUUCUCUGCCUGUGUGAGUCCUAUUGUGCCCCCCUUACUGGUACAAAAGAUUCUGUUCUAAUGGAAAUAAAGUCCACUGCAUUGGCUCCUGAUAUCUCUCCAAGUGGGGACACUCAACCCUUUAUUCCUCUUUUAACUCCAUCACCGUUGACACCAUUCACAAAUAACACUGUGCCGAUAUUAUCAGGACUCUGUACAUUAAAUUUUUCAGCUGCUGAAAGUGUGAUAAGCAUAACAGCAACCGACUGCUGGGCUUCUUUUGCACCAUAUUUGGCUAAUGUAGUAUGUUGUCCUCAAUUUGUUGCCACACUAGUGAUUAUUAUAGGACAGUCCAGUAAAUACUCUGGGAUCCUUGCUUUGAACAGGACUCAUUCUAAGCAUUGCCUCUCAGACGUUGAGAAGAUCCUCGUGAGUCAAGGAGCAAAUGAUAAUCUCCAAAAUAUAUGUUCGUUUCACCCAGAGAACCUCACAAAAGCCUCUUGCCCCGUCACUGAUGUUGAUGAAUUUGAGAGGAUUGUGGACUCUUCUGGACUUUUGGCUGCUUGUGGAAGGAUUGAUCCUGUCAAUGAGUGUUGUAACCAAGUUUGCCAAAUUGCUAUGCUAGAUGCUGCUAGAAAAAUUGCGUUAAAUGGUAUGUCAAAUACGGAUGGGGCCUCUAUCUCAUCUGAUCUCUCAAGAAGGAUUGAUGAUUGCACAAAUCUUGUCCUCCGAUUUCUGGCCAGUAGACUUGAUCCUUCUUCAGCAAAUAGUGUUCUUAGAGGACUUUCAAAUUGCAAUGUAAAUAAAGUCUGUCCACUGGUUUUUCCCAACAUGACAGAUGUUGUGAAAGAAUGUGGAAGUGUUAUAAGUAACCAGACUUCUUGCUGCAAAUCCAUGGAGAGUUAUGUGUCCCAAUUGCAACAGCAGAGUUUCCUCACCAACUUGCAAGCCUUGAAUUGUGCUGCAUCACUUGGCAUGAGGUUACAGAAAAACAAUAUCUCCUACGAUGUUUAUAAUCUUUGUCAUAUAAACCUCAAAGAUUUCUCUCUUCAAGUUGGAUCACAAGAGUCUGGCUGCCUUUUACCAAGCUCACCUUCAGAUGCAACAUAUGAUAAAACUUCGGGGAUCAGCUUCAUUUGUGAUCUUAAUGAUAACAUAGCUGCUCCUUGGCCCUCUAAAUCUUACGUACCUGCUUCUUCCUGCAAUAAAACAACCAAACUUCCAGCACUCCCCACGGCAACCUCUUCACAAAGUGGUCAUUGCACAGAAGACUUGAUGUUUACUCUACUCGUGAUCUUCUCACUAGUUAUCACGAUGCUUCUUUGAUUUUAGUUUCCACCGCUCUUUAGUCCUUUUGGCCACAACAGAAGCUCCUAUUUGUGCUGGAUAGCCUGGUCUAAAUCUGGAGAGGAGAAAAAGAAAGAGGAGUGGGCCUCUAUAGAGAAUUCCUGAUUUGGAUGUUAAGUGUAUGCUAAUUGCAAUCACAUGUAAUUAUUUUUUUGUAAAAUCAAUUAAAAUGAAGAAGGUAAAGUUAUAUGCCUGCUUAUAAAGUGUGUAAAUUAAAAGAGUGCACUGUGUACAUAAUCUGUUUCGUUCUUCUUUUUAUUUUUUUGAUAUAAAGUAGCAAAUUCUGUAACUUUUUAGAAGAGCUCAGUUGAGUUGUAAAAUAUGAAAUAUUUGGGUUAAGAGAGAAA